AUGAAGACUUCUCUUCUUGUCGUGCUUCUCAUAGCCCUCUGCACAGAGAAGGCUUUCUCUUUGACAUGUUUCACGUGCAAGGAUGCAUCCUCCAACAUGCACUGCCUGAGCACAACCAAAUGCUCUGACCACGAGAAGUACUGCCUCACAACCUAUUCCACCACGGGCACGGGCACAGACCGUAACCAGCGUAUAACCAAGAAAUGUUCUGCAUUUUGCCCAACAAUUGACCUGAACAUUGGCAUUGCUGGUGUUGCCACCAGCUGCUGUGAGACAUCUUUGUGCAACAUCAGUGGUGCCAGCAGUGUGAAAACCAGUUACACCAUGAUAGCUCUGGGGGUCUUGGCCAGUCUUGCCUGCAUCCUCCGGUUGGGUUUUUAAAGGGGUUGCAUGAAAGGGGAGGGAGCUGCUUGGCCUUGUAUUGUGAGGGCUCAAACUUUCAUCUGUCCCGUGAAAAUCCUGCCUUGCUUCUUCUGCCUGGAAGG